AUGACAGUCGCUGAGUCCUCGGAGGAGCUCGAACAUGAUACUGGAACCGAGAAGGACUCAGUGACUAAUACUUCUUUGUCUCCGGAAGUGAUUGCUGUUAGAGACUUGAUUAUUUCAUGGCUUACGAUGGUGCCUGUUGGUAUUAAUGUUCUGAACGUUGCGGUUGAAACCCUCAGGGCUGUUGCCCCCGAUGAUUCUAAGGAGACCUUUGGUGAAGGGGUUGAUGCUGCUUCAUUGGUGACUAACGUGCACGAAGGUAAGGUUGCAACUGUCAUCAAGAUGUUGUAUGAGUAUGGCCGAACAGAAGAUCGUAAAUUCCAAGCUGCACCACGAUGGGUCACCUCGAUUAUGUCCAAGAAGACUAAGCCUGUGACGGUAUCACCAAUGUAUGAGGAGCUUACAGAAGGGAAGGCCGAUCCCCACCUCGACAGUUACUAA